AUGGCGCAGACUAAAGGAGCGGUUGUAAAAUGGAAAGAGGCUAAAGUCAUUAAAACGGUGGAUGGAGAGUGCUCCAUCCAUCCAUCAAUCCAUCCAUCCAAGGAGAUGGAAAGGAUGGAAAUUUAUAAAAAGACAGACGAAGAGUCUUUAUUAGGAUUAUUCAAGCACCCAACAAUUACUAACCAAAUAGGUGCAGUAGAACGAUUUUCUUCAGAAUGGCUACACAAAUUCACUUCCGGACAUGGAGUGAGCCUCCUUGACACAACAUGGAACCUGAAAAAGGAAUUCAGCAAGAUAAAUCUGUCAUGGGUACCUGACCCUAAGGAAGAUUAUAAAGACUGUGACAAGUCUAAUGAUCUACUUCCGGAGCCAAGAUGGAGCGAAACUCUUCGAUGCAUAAAGUUUCCAAGCCUGGAAGAGCUGGAGAUUUUUCUGCAAGUGAUUGAGAUAAUUUUGGGCGAGAAUCUACAAAAUCAUUAUUAUAACACCGUAGGAAGCUUUUUAAAGUUUUAUGAAGAUUAUAAGAAACAAGGUCGACCACCAUUGAAGGAAUUUUUCUUAAACUACCAGGCACGAAUAUUGUCGGAAUCAUUAUCUUGUGUUGGGUUGAGUUACGCUUUGAUCGAGUAUAUUGUUAAUUCCGAUUUAAGUCUGUUAUAUCCCCAGUUAAAAAGCUGCCUGUUUCUAGCUUCCUGUGAGGAGUGCAUAACGGAAGUAGACAAUUACUGUAGUUUCUCUCCUCCCAAUAAGUCUGUAGCAGUGAAAGAGCACGUUCUCGCAGUCUGUAAGAUCUAUGUGGAGGGACGUGAGGGGGUUAUAAUCUUGGAUCCGGGCUACCACGUCGGAAUACCUAUUGUGGUCAUGGAAGAUGGCCUUUAUCCGCACAAGGGUUGGUUUGUCCAGAGCGAAACUCCGAAAUCGAAGAAAGAAUACUGCUAUCAGUUAAAGGGAGAUUAUGUCCACUGGACAGUAAGAGAAACUAGAAACGGUAAAGAGAAAACUUGGUGUAAUUUGAUAUACAUCAAGAAGAAAUUUCUUAGCUACGUAUCCGUUUCUGAGAAAAGAAAUCUGGUUUUUAAUUUUCGCACACUUGUCGCCAGAGACGAAAAGCAGCCCAUUGGGGGAUUUUAUUGUAAUAUGGAAGGUGAUGAGAAGUUUACUUUGUUUUUUAAAGAUUAUCUGGGGAAGAGAGUCGAGAUAAAAAUUCCGUUUGGUUACUUUAAAGGUUCUAGAAAUAAUAACGAGUACGAAUCUGCCAUACGCAAAUGUGCAAUUCAAAUAAAAAGUAAUACAGCACUCCUCGUAGGAAUGAUGACACAAUUAGUCGAAGCAUAUUACGACAAAGAAUUCAUGAUCCCUGUUAAUGAGAUAAAUAGAGAAAUAGACGAAGAUUAGAAAUUUUUUUUUCUGGUUGGAAUUUUUAAAUUUUUGCACCAAAUUUUUGGCUAAAUGGUCGUUUUUUAAACUGAUUUAUAUAUGGAUCUUAUAUGAUAUAGUUGCUGCUUUGUGAUAAAUUACUACUUUAUUUGCCACAUUCAAAAUUUUUAAAAUAAAAAUACUUUGAUACUGACUGAA